GGGGCGGAGGGAGGAAGCUGGCUUCCUGAAGCCUCUCAGUCCUCAAAGAUAGACGGACUGACAGACAGCUGGCAAGAGGCAGCCUGGGGGACACAGCUGCUUCAGCAGGCCUCAUGGCUGAGUGAGCCUUCCUUGAGCCCAGCAAUCUAGCCCAGCAUGGUCCAGACCUGUGAGGGGUGUUCCAGACCACAGCCACCGACCUUGUCUUUGGGGGAAGCCAUGACCCAACCUCCACCCACCAAAGCUCCAGCCAAGAAGCAUGUGCGGCUGCAGGAGAGAAGGGGCUCCAGUGUGGCUCUGAUGCUGGAUGUGCGGUCUUUGGGCACUGUGGAACCCAUCUGCUCAGUGAACACACCCAGGGAGGUCACCAUACACUUUCUGCGCACAGCCGGACACCCCCUUACAUGCUGGGGUCUACAGCACCAGCCACCCAGCCCCAAGCAACUGGAGGAGGAAUUCUUGAAGAUCCCCUCAAACUUUGUCACCCCUGAAGACCUGGAUAUCCCUGGCCAUGCUUCCAAGGACCGAUACAAGACCAUCUUGCCAAAUCCCCAGAGCCGUGUCUGUCUUGGCCGGGCACAGAGCCAGGAAGACGGUGACUACAUCAAUGCCAACUACAUCCGAGGCUAUGAUGGGCAAGAGAAGGUCUACAUUGCCACCCAGGGCCCCAUGCCAAACACAGUAGCAGACUUCUGGGAGAUGGUGUGGCAAGAAGGAGUGGGCCUCAUUGUCAUGCUCACCCAGCUCCGAGAGGGCAAAGAGAAAUGUGUACAUUACUGGCCCACAGAAGAGGAAACCUAUGGGCCAUUCCAGAUCCGCAUCCAGGAAAUGAAAGAACACCCAGAAUAUACUGUGAGGCAGCUUACCAUCCAGCACCAAGAGGAAUGCCGCUCAGUAAAACACAUACUCUUCUCCGCCUGGCCAGACCACCAGACUCCAGAAUCGGCUGGGCCCCUGCUCCGCCUGGUGGCAGAGGUGGAGAGCCCAGAGACAGCGGCCAACUCUGGGCCUAUCGUGGUCCACUGCAGUGCAGGGAUUGGCCGGACGGGCUGCUUCAUCGCCACCCACAUCGGCUGCCAGCAGCUGAAGGCCCGAGGGGAGGUGGACGUCCUAGGCAUCGUGUGCCGGUUGCGUCUAGACAGAGGAGGCAUGAUCCAGACUGCAGAGCAGUACCAGUUCCUGCACCACACUUUGGCCCUGUAUGCAGCCCAGCUGCCCCAGGAACCCAGCCCCUGAUCCCUGGCCCUCCACCAGUCUAGGGACCAACCUCCCCUUGGACCUGAGACCAUGGAUCUGGGGAAGUGGGCUGUGUGCUCUGGGGCAGCUUCUUAAUAAGCCCAGGAAAGGGAGCCCCGGUGGUGAGAAUGCUUAUAGUCCCAGGAAAUUACUCCAGCAAGCAACAGGGGUCAGGCCACGGGUAUUCACCACUGACCACUCUUAUGCCUUCUCCAGUGACCCCCAGUGGACUAUAGGGGAUCUUCUGGUGGCUCUGAAUUUACAGAUAGGAGCUUGUACUUGGAAUGGAUUGAGAAAGAAGCUGGGGUGCUGCUCUUC